UUGUCAUGGCGUCUUUGGGACUGAAGCUGCUGCUGCUGCAAUUUAGCUAAAAUCUGUCGACAGUCUGUAAAUCGAAAUGGAGAAAAAUGCAAACCCGCAUCGAGACACUGACGGGAGUUCUUUGUGUGCCACGAUUUCGGCAGAGAUGGGCGAUGUUGGGGUUGUCGGCGGAGUGAAAGGAACAGCCGAGAAAUGCAAGAAUAGUGAGGCUCCUCUCAGUACUUUGGUCAACGUUAGUUGUAAUGACAGCACCACAAAUGUUAGUGCUCCCAGCGCCGUUAAUGUCACGUCCAGUACUGGGAAGUCUGUCCUUCCAGAAGCGGUCGAAGUCCUCCCCGUGCAGGAGGAUAAGAAGAAGGACUCUGAGGCGAGCGGAUCGUGGUUGGGCUCCGGGGAUCAGAUCAGUAACGGGAUGGGGCAUGACUCGGUGCUGGCUGCAGAAGAUAGCGAGGGUGGUGCCUCAAAGUUAGUAAACAACAAAAGCGACAGCCCGUCCUCACCUCCCGCUAAGGAGAGUACAAAGGUAGAGGCUGAGGUUUUGGCUUGUGGAGAAAGUGAGCCGACAAAACUUGCCAAGCCGACUCAUCUGUGUUCGGACAAUGCAAUCACAGCAGACGUCAAGUCGGGGCUGUCCGGUGAUCGCACCUUAUCGGAGGGAUUGCCGAGUGGGAGUGACCCCGAUCCCAGCCUCGGUGGAGAGUCCCGAAGCAUAGAUUCACUCGAGUCCUUCUCCAACCUGAACUCCUGCCCCAGCUCCGACCUGAACAGUGAAGGUCUGGAGGACAGAGGGCUGGCCCUGGCCUUGCAGAACGAGUACGGGACUGAUGUGACAAAGACUUCGUGCAUUAAGGACCGGGCCGCCGGCCAGUCCAUAUACCACAUUAAGUGGAUCAAGUGGAGGGAGGAGAAUACGCCGAUCAUCACCCAGAACGAGAACGGCCCCUGUCCAUUACUGGCAAUUAUGAAUGUCCUUCUGCUUGCAUGGAAGGUUAAGAUGCCACCAAUGAUGGAAAUUAUAACUGCUGAGCAACUGAUGGAGUAUCUUGGAGACUACAUUCUGGAAACCAAGCCUAAAGAGAUAUCAGAGGUUCAGCGGCUAAACUAUGAGCAGAACAUGAGUGAUGCCAUGGCCGUGUUGCAUAAGCUGCAAACAGGUCUGGAUGUGAAUGUGAAGUUCACAGGGGUGCGGGUCUUCGAGUACACCCCAGAAUGCAUUGUGUUUGAUCUGCUGGACAUCCCCCUUUACCAUGGCUGGCUGGUUGACCCCCAGAUGCAUGACAUUGUCAAGGCAGUGGGCAACUGCAGCUACAACCAGCUGGUGGAGAAGAUAAUAUCCUGCAAACAGUCAGACAACAGCGAGCUGGCAGGUGAAGGCAUUGUAGCAGAGCAGUUUCUGAGCAGCACAGCCACUCAGCUGACCUACCAUGGCUUAUGUGAGCUCACAUCCACUGUACAGGAGGGAGAGCUCUGUGUCUUUUUUAGGAAUAACCACUUCAGCACCAUGAUCAAAUAUAAGGGCCAGCUGUACCUCCUGGUCACAGACCAAGGUUUCCUGACAGAGGAGAAGGUCGUCUGGGAGAGUCUGCACAAUGUUGACGGAGAUGGCAACUUCUGUGAUUCAGAGUUCCGGUUGCGGCCUCCGUCUGAUCCAGAGACUGUGUACCGCGGCCAACAGGAUCAGAUAGACCAGGACUAUCUGAUGGCGCUGUCGCUGCAGCAGGAGCAGCAAAGCCAGGACCUACAGUGGGAGCAACUCCCUGAGGGCAUCAGUGACCUAGAGCUGGCGAAAAAGCUUCAGGAGGAGGAGGAUCGACGAGCCUCCCAGUACUACCAGGAGCAAGAGCAGGAACAGGCGGCGGCAGCGGCGGCGGCAGCAGCAGCACAGGCACAGGGCCAGCAGGAACCUGCUGAGGGAGAUGAGGCGGACAGAGGUGGUGCAGGAGCAGGUGGAGCAGCAGCUGGUGCUGGGACGGCAGCAGCAGCCGGAGCCACACCCAGCCCGGGAAAACAGUCAUCUAGCGGGGAGCGUAAAACCAAGAAAGAAUCAAAGGAUAAAGACAAAUGUGUUAUUUUGUAACAUACAGCGUGUCUGUGUGAGUGUGUGUGAGUGUUUUGUGCAUUUGCUUAUCUGUGAGGAAGGGGACAGCAUUUGUUUCUCCAUGUACUGGACACACAACGCGGAGCCCCAACUUGAUGACAAACAAGGGAAGGAGACAAAUGAGGAGAGACGCAACAAGACUCACAGAGGAUUUGCUGUUCCCAAACCACUGGUGCCUGCUAUCCUCUAAACCUAGACAUCAGAGGAAGGGACACGACAACUACCCCUUAUCUUUCAUAAAGUUGGCCAAACUUUGUUACAAGUUGCAUAGUGCACUAUAUUUGUGAUGUGGGGUCAAGUUUAUCCAGGGUGGUAUAUUUUAUAGCAAAAGACAUAAUCUGAAGAAACAAAAUGUCACACAUUCACGGUGUUCUUUUUCAAAAACUCAUUCAUUUCACCCAUUUUUCAUGGUUGCAGCUUAUAAGCUUUUUUGUACGUAUCAAUAUUUACAAAGCAUAUAUAGACAAACUCCUCUUUUUUUGGUUUUAGUUGAGUUUUUUAAGUUAGCUGUCAAUGCCAAGAUUCACAUUUUAUUUAUGUAUCUGUGUAACAGGUAGCUUUUGGGAGCGGUUUUAUGUUUUUUGUUUUGUUUUUUUUUUCUGUAAGCUGAAAGGGAUUUUCUCAUAAAAUUGCCUGUUGGAAUUCAAUGUAACACUAUUUGUGUCCCCUCUGAAACACUAUGUUCCUAAGGGUUAAUUACAGUGCAUUCAAAAUGUAUUCAGACCCCUUCACUUUUUUCAUAGUUUAUGUUGCAGCCUUAUGCAAAAACCAUUUAAAUUAAUUUUUCCCCUCAUCAAUUUAUACUGAAUACCACAUACUGACACAGUGAAAAUAGAAUUUUAGAAAUAUUUGCAAAUUUAUUAUAAAGGCAAAACUGAAAUAUCACACUGGUGUAAGUAUUCAUAUCUGGGAACAAAACUUUUUUUGCUGUAUUGAAGGUUCCUGAGAGCACAGUGACUUCCAUAAUUCUUAAAUGGAGGAAGACUGGAACAACCAGGAGCCAAAACUGGCCUCCCAGCCAAACAUAGAUAUAUAGGGGGAUGGGCCUUGGUAAGGGAGGUGACCAAGAACCAGAUGGUCACUCUGAAUAAACUCCAGAGACCCUGUGUGGACAUGGGAGAAACUUCCAGAAGGACAACAAUUACUGCAGCACAAAGAAAGACACAUGAAAUACCAUCCCAGUGAUGAAGCAUGGUGGUGGUAGUAUCAUGUUGUGGAGGUGUUUUUCAGUGGCAGGGACAGGGAGACUGAUCAGGGUUGAGGGGACGCUGAAAGGAGCAAAGAUCUCCUUAAUGAAAGCCUAGUCCAGAGCUCUCAGGACCUCAGACAGGCCCGAAGGUCCACCUUCCUAAGGACAAUAACCCUAAGCACACAGCUAAGACAACUCAGGGGUGCCUUAGGGACAACUCUCUGAAUGUCCUCAAGUAGUCCAGCCAGCCAGAAUCCUGACUUGAGCCCAAUCAAACGUCUUUGGAGAGACCUGAAAAUGGCUGUCCACCAGUGGACUCCAUCUGACCUGACAGUACAAAGUUCAAAAUUUCUAAAAUCCUGUUUUUGCUUUGUCAUUAUGGUCUAUUGAGUGAAGACUGAUGAGGGAGAAAAUAAAUUUAAACAAUUUAAGCAUAAGGCUGCAACAUAAAGUGUGAAAAAAGUGAAGGGGCCUGAAAACUCUCUGUACACACUGUAUAUACUGUAGCUUCAUAACAAUACUCAUCACAGCUUGUCCUGUUCAGAUUUGCCUUAACAGAGAAUGGCAGUGUUGCAUUCUGCUCAGUUUCAGUGUGAAUGUGUGUUUUUUUUUUCAUGUGUAUGGUAUGUACAGUACACAUGUACUAUGUGGUAUAAUGGCGUGUGGUGAACAUGUCUCAUUUAUUUAGCAUCACUGAUGUAACAAAAUUUCAAAUUGGAAAUAGCCAAAUCUAUUACGCUGUAUUAGUUGAGCUACACAUUUGGGACAUUCAGUGUCUUUUAUGUUGUGAUUCUAUUUUACACAAAAAAACUACAUUUGGGACAGUAAGACUUUGAAAAGCAUUGUUGAUUUUUAACUGACAAAGUUUGUCUGAAUUUGAUGUUGUUUCUGUGUGAGACACAACUAGCUUUUGGCAAAUUAGAUUCGUGUUAGAUCGCACCCAGUUGUAGAGUGUAUGGUAGUUCUGAAAGGCUCUUUUCUUUCCCACAGUCUCUUCUGGUAGCUUCCUGAAGAGAUGCAGUGUGUGUGUGUGCGUGUGUGUGUCUGUGUGCGGGCAUGUUCUCCUGUGUUAGGUUCUGCAUGUAGAAGUUCCACUGCAGCCAGGUUUUUGAAAAGAAAUACCACAGAAUUCAGUAAUUCACCUGUAAUCGUCCGCUUAUCUGGCUUCAAAGUUGUGAACAUUUACUGUUCUUUUCCACAAACCAGAAUCCAAACUCCAAAAAGGCGACAUUAAGACAUACUGUAUGACGUCAAUUUCAACUCCAGUUGCUGUGUUGGGACUUCGCUCUUUGAACGACUAAAUAUUUUCCUCCUGGUUCUCCACAGUUCUCCCUGGGUUAGUCUUAAAUCCACCUUUUCUAGCACCUUCUUAUUAGAAAUUUACCUUAGCCACUCUGGGUAAAUUCAUCUGUUUUUUGUGGAGAAUAAAGGUCUAAUAGUGAAAGUUCACAAACUGAGUUGCUGUGGAGGUUUUAGAUAUACGCUCUGAAUUCUGUGGUAUGGACUUUUAACUUGUGAUCAUUUCACUGCAGAAUUGAGCGUGCAAACACAUGAUGUACAUAUUUACCUAAUGCAUUCUUAUAAUGGAUUUAGCUAGUGGUUUGUGCCAUUAUUGUACCAUGGGACUGCCUCCUGAGAAACUUUUCUAUCUAUACAUUCCAAUUGGAUGCCUUGACUCAAGCCUUCUAUUACAGACUGAGGGAGACAGUUGUCGCAAGAGGUGUUUGCAGGGCUUGUAAAGUGGUCUCCAUUAUUUUGUUCAGCGAGAACAAAUUCAGUGUCGGGACAGGACGAUUACAUGGAGGCAGCAGGCUACCUACUGUGUGGGAACCCGUUCUUAUGGGCUUUUGGGUGAUGGCUGGAGUUUGAGCUCUGUGUUUGUUUGGCCCCAACAAGGCCAUGUUUUGUACAUAUAUAUAUGACGCCUUAUAACAUUUCAGCAGAUUUUAUAGGACAAAAGGAAACAGGCGUAUUACCAGAAUGAGACAAUCCAUGCAUUUUUCACACAAACAUCAGAAAUACUCUCAGGCCUUUUAAUUGAAGGGACAUAUCCUCGAGUGUCUUUUCCAAAUGGUAUGCUUUGUAAUGGCACACUUCCUUGGCCUGUUGUCACUUUCUCCGUCACAACUUUAAGUAUCUGUGUAUGUAUACUCACAACUACUAUUUUGACACUUGAAGGACUUAACAUUAUAUUAUUUAAGACCCUCAUUGUUGAACUUCACAUUAGAAAACAAUGACUCAAGCUGCUCCUCUUGUGUUAACUUGGACUACCUGAUAAAAAAAAAUUAAAAGAAACCCUGGACAGGGUUAAGGAACAUUGUUGACUAUGUACACUUUUCAUUGACUCCUUAGCAGUAGUUUUUUUUUCAUGCAGCUUAAAUAAAUAACACUUAUAAUCACAAGGUGAAAGCAAGAAGGCAGAGGAGAGACUCAGUGGCAAUAUUGUGCUUUUUUUCUGUCUUUACCAAGUUUCCAUCUCAUUUAUGUCCCUGCCCAUCAAGUGAACAUGCUGAUUAAACAUUCCAGUGGAAGUUUAAAAAAAAGAAACUUUACUCACAGCAGUUUGAGUUGAUGUGGAAGAUUGUUGAGUGGUGGUUGUAAGAGUGAAAAGAGCGUGGAGAGACACAUGCCACACAUUUUUGUUAUUAUUUCAGAUUUACUACUGUGCAUUAGCCUGCUAUCCCUAGUCAUUACCAGAAUUUGAUAUUUUUGUUGUAAUGUGUUUGUUUCACCCUAGUUCCUAUGAUGAAUUGAUCAGAAGAAUAUUGUGUGUUUAAUGUCUCAAAGUGGUUUCUUGUAUGCCUUGUAAAAGUGAUGGUGGGGUAAAUGCUGUAAAAUGUGUACUUUGACAAGGUGGCUGUUGAACGUAUAAUCGUUGUAAUUGGUUUUGCACUGUUACAUUGAUAUGCACUAACAGAAGAGAAACAUACCUCAUUUUAUACAGAACAUAAAUUGUGCAAGAGUGCUAUUGUUCUUUGGGUACCUUUAAAAAAAAAAACAACAGAAUAAUGGCCAAAAGAAUUAUAUCAAGUGGUUGCUCUUAAGCCAGGUGAAUAAUA